AUGCCUGCGGUUGUUAUCAACAAACACGACGGCUACGAACUCGACGCUGUUUCCGAUGCUGUCGAUGACGUAAAUGUUCUGAAGGCCAAAAUCUGGGACACUCAAUCUGAGUUUGAUUCCAUCAAAGACAAGACGACAUUCCGUCAGUAUGAGAAUGCUUGCGAUCGCGUCAAGAAUUUUUACAAGGAGCAACAUGAAAAGCAGACCGUAGCUUUCAACAUCAAGGCCCGUAUGGAAUUUAAGAGCCGGAAACGCGCUCGCAUGGGUAUCUGGCAAGCUAUGGAAAUGCUCAAUACUCUUGUGGACGACUCGGAUCCAGACACUGAGCUUUCGCAAAUCGAGCAUUUGCUCCAGACUGCUGAGGCCAUCCGACGCGACGGUAAGCCCGAAUGGAUGCAAGUUACCGGUUUGAUCCACGACCUUGGUAAGCUGCUGCAUCUAUUUGGCAGCGAAGGCCAGUGGGACGUUGUUGGUGAUACCUUUGUCGUCGGCUGCGCUUUCUCCGAGAAAAACAUUUACCCCGAUACCUUCGCCGGUAAUCCAGACUUCCAUGAUGCGGUUUAUUCCACGGAGUAUGGAAUUUAUGAACCUAAUUGCGGCCUUGAUAAUGUCAUGGUGUCUUGGGGACAUGAUGAGUAUCUCUACCACGUCGUUAAGGAUCAGAGCUCGCUCCCCGAAGAGGCCCUUGCUAUGAUCAGGUAUCACAGCUUUUACCCAUGGCACCGUGAAGGAGCUUACGCGCACCUCAUGAGUAGCAAGGAUCAACUAGCGCUUGAGGCCGCCCGUGCCUUCAACCCGUAUGAUCUUUACUCGAAAAGUGAUGAACCCUGCGAUGCUGAAAAGCUUCGCCCAUACUAUGAGGGCCUCAUUGCAAAGUUCUUCCCUGCUGAGAUUGACUGGUAG